CAACACUCCCCCCCCCCCCUGUUUUUCCAAAACCGACCCCCCCCCCCUUGUCGAGACGCCGAUUUUGUUUACAUAAUCAGCUGAUUCCGUUAGAGCACGUGGCAGCAGUCUGAGCCAAGGUACUGUAUUUCACAAUGGAUAUUCCACGUUCAAGUAUUGCAGUGACCUUGCUGGCAGCUGUAGCAGUGACCUUAGUUUUCAAGUUUUGGUCAUCUUGGAGGAGUUCAAGAGCAUCCAGAAUUAUGAGGCCACGCGUGAAGAAUUUGGAAGAAUUAAAGGACAGAAGCUGGCAGCUUGUUGGAAAAGUCUCCAAGGUAUAUCUGUAUCCCAUUAAAUCUUGUGCAGGGAUAGGCCUGGCCUCUGCUCAGGCUACUCAACUUGGCCUCAGCAGUGGCACCGUCAGAGAUCGAUCAUUGAUCAUAAUGAAUGAAAAGGGUGUGAUGGUGACAGGGAGGAUGAUCCCAGCUACAGUAAAGAUAAAAGCUCGUGUUGAUGAUGGUAUUCUCACACUCGAGUUUCCAGGUGCUCCAUCGUUCUCUAUUCUACUGUCACAAGUUGAGGAAAAGAACAUACGGAAAACUACAAGGGUAUGGGAUGACACAGUCCCUGGCCUCGACUGUGGAGAUGAGGCAGCAUCUUGGCUGAUGGAAGUUUUGGGUCGAAAGUGUCGCCUUCUUUAUCAUGGCAGCAUCCCUUCCCCAAGGAAUACUGACUUGGGGGAGGAAUAUCCACUCCUACGAGAUGAUGAUAAUUCCUUAUAUGCAGAUUUGACUGGAUACAUGCUAAUGACAAGGGAAUCCAUCGGAGAUCUAGAGACCAGAGUGAAGACUCAUUUACCGCCUCAGAAUUUCCGUCCAAACAUCCUGGUGGAGGGUACUAAGGGUCCUUAUGAUGAGGACUUGUGGGAAUAUAUCAGGAUUGGCAAUACUCUUUUCAGAAAUGUUAAGCCUUGCUCCAGAUGCAUUUUCACAACAAUAGACUAUGAGACUGGAAAGAAGGAUGCUAACAUGGAACCACUGCGCACUCUUAGGAGUUACAGAUGUGUAGAAGGAGACAACAGUCCGCAUUUUGGAAUCAACUUGGGAGUUGACAUAACUGGAACUAUUAAUGAAGGAGAUGCUGUGUAUGCUACUUAUUUGCAAUGAACAGUUCCUUUUUUAUCCCUAUGAAAAGCUCAUGCAUUUUUAUUACUUCUUAUUUUGUAUGAUUUAAUGAAAGAUAAUGUUACUGCUAUGAUUAAAGAUUCAUACUUUUAUUUUAGAUGUUUUUUUCAUGUUGUAAUAUGCAUGUAUUAUCGUAUAUGCAGUAGUUAUUGAAGAGCAUUUACAGAACAGAUAACAUGAAAAGCUCAGUUUAUGUGUUGACAUUUUUCUUUAUAUUCAUAUAACAUUGUUGAAUACAGCAAAAAGUAUUGUUUUUUGUUUAGCUUUUAAAGUUUAUUGCUAGAAUAUGUAAUUAAGGUAAAAAAUAAAUAUGUAUUCAUAAGAGCAGUAUUGUUCAUUUCUUUAUUAGUUUGCUAGAGACUAAACAAGAGCCAACAUUGAUAUUGCAGCUAUUUUCAUUUGUUAUUUUUAAACUAUUAAAGCUUAUUUGACAAUGUGAGUAGAUAGUUUAUUUUUUAUGAAACCUUUCUUUAUAAUCAGAAGACAGGUAUAGCAUAAACUUAUAGUAUAAUUUUACACACAUUGUACUUAUCAGAAGGAUAGAUUUAGGUUUCUUAGGCACAAUUGCACAAUUAGCAUACCAGAGGAUAAUCUUUCUGUGAAGUGCACAACUUUUUUUCUUGUUAUGCUUAUAAAUUACCUGUUAUUACAAUGGUUUGUAUAAAAUGGUAUACACUUUUUUAUACUUUAUUUUCCGUAACUUAUUCUUGUAAGCAUUAUUUGGACUCAAUUUUUCUUAUUUUUAAAAAUCUUGUCCUCUGCUCAGAUCAUGUUUAUUGUCCUUUAUGAUAAAAAAAUGUUGUGGUCAUAGUUAACACAAAACGCAGCAGGAUCAUGAUGCCAAACAUUAUACAGUAUCCCUUGUCACAUUUUCAGUAAUAA